AUGUCUGCAGUUUCAGUGCAAUAAUUAUACAGAUCUCUCUAUAACACAAAGUGCAAUAAAAUAUUGUGUGUUGGGCGCAACUAUGUGGCUCAUGCUAAAGAAUUAAACAAUCCUUUGCCAAGUGAACCCCUCUUCUUUGAUAAGCCUCAUACAUCUCUAUUAAGAUCUGGAUCAACACUUUAUCUUAAAGGUGAUAGUGAAAUUCAUCAUGAAGUUGAGUUAGGAUUCAUGAUUGGUUUGACUGGUAAAAACAUCAGAGCAGAGGACUAUGAUAAUUAUAUCGAGGGGUAUUUCCUUGGAAUUGAUUGGACUGAUCGUGAUUUACAAGCAGUAGCAAAGAAAAAUGGAUCCCCUUGGUCAAUGUCAAAAGGGCAAGAUGGAUUCUUCACAAUCAGUGAUUUUGUCUCAAAAGAUAGAAUUAAAGAUCCUCAUAAUUUAGAUUUACAAUUCAAAAUAAAUGAAAGAGUUGCUCAAAAAGAGAAUACAAACUUGAUGAUUUUCAGAGUACCUUAGUUGAUUUAAUAUGUGAGCUAGUAUGUAACACUCAAUGCAGGAGAUAUAAUUUUGACUGGAACUCCAGCUGGAGUAGGACCAGUCAAGAGUGGUGAUAAGAUUGAGGCAUUGUUGAAGCAAGGAGAAGAAAUACUAGCAAGAAUAGAUAUGAAGGUUGAAAAGGCUAGUGAAAAGUGA